AACGAAACGAGCGCACUUUCACCUCACCAAGACACAAACACAUCCACCAUCCAUCCACGAGUCGAGUCUCGCCACACACACUGUAGGUACAAUCUCAGUCAGACACGAACAUCAGCAGCGCUCGCUCACUGAUGGUGCGGCUGCUGCAUCAUGGUCACGCCGUAGCCGCCCUCCCCCCUCUCCCCCCUCUCCCCCCUGUCAUAGUCAUCAAACCGGAACGGCGCUGCCGUCAGCCCCAGGCCGCCCGCCUCGUCCCCACGCACCCUCACACCGCCUACACCACCGCCGUCAUUGAGGGACGGCAGGCGGCCGUAGAUGUCAUCGAUGGUGGAGGGCCUGUCUCUGUCUGAGUCUGUGAGUGGCGGGAAGGCGCCGCCCUCAUCCUCUUCAAGCAACGUCCGAAUCAGCUCCCUGUUGCGCCUGCAACACACACGCACAGUGGGGUGGAUCACAGGACACUGGUUGGUUGUGGUGUUGUGUAGGUCGACUGAGACUGACGCCUCGAUGGUGUCUGGUUCGAAAGUGCAUUCGGCCUCCUUUUGUUUCUCUGCCUCGAGCGCCUUCUGCAGCCGGUCGCGGCGGGAGCGGAACUCGGCUGACUCCUGUCGGUAAGACGGAUGGGCACACCAGGCACACACAAAUACACACACACAUACGGAUGCAUCAAAUGGGUGUGGUGUGUCCCUCGCUUACUGACCGUCUGGAAGGAGAAUGGUCGUGGCACAGUGCAGCCCCCUCCGCCGUGGCCCUCGCGACGCCUCGCACCACCUGAACAAAGGGGAUAGAGGAUUUUGGGGCAUGUGUGUGCUCGAGGUGUGAUGGCGUGUCCACCGCGUGCGUACCGAAGACCUCUUCGUAUCUGAGUUUCUUGUCUUCCUCCUGCCGCUUGGCCAUGUCCUUGAGCUCCAUGAAGCGACCGAAGCCACGAACCGACACACGACGCUCGGACCCUGCAAAACACACACACGUACAUCCAAUCUAUCACAUGAUGCCUGCCUGCCUGAAAGGGGUUCACAGUGCGUGUGCGUGGCGUACCUUCUGUGGGCGGUGGCGGGCCGACUUUGGGCUUGAACGUGCACGCCUCCAGCUCAGCCGCCUCCCUACGUGGACACACAGACACACACACACACGGAGGGUGAGAGUGUCCCCCACAGAAGAGAACGGCACAGCACAGCAGGGCACAUCACAUCACAUCGUCUGUCUCCCUACCUCCUUCGUCUUUCCUCUUGGAUUCUUUGCUGUUUGAUGUCCUCCUGCCGGCGGAUCUCAUCCAUCAAACUCUACACACACACACACGCAGACAGACGACGUCAGAUAGAUGCGGUGCGAUUGGUGCAGCGAAUGCAAUGCGUGUGUUCUGCUCACUCACCGUGGAGUUGGCGUACUUCGACCUCAGGCGUCCGUAUUUGCCGGCACCGUCUGCGCUCAUCAGGGAGGGCCGAAACUGGUCCUGCUGCUGCCGCUGCUCAGCUGCUGCCGCUGCCGCUGCUGCUGCUGCUGCUGCUGCCGCAUGUGCGUGCCGGCUGGCAGGGGGGGCCCUGAAGGAAAAAAAUGCAACAAGCAACAGUAUGCCCCUUGUACAAGUGGCUUUUGCCCCCACUUGUUUUCGAUGAUGUCAGUGAGGGUCCUGUCGGCCGCAAGAGUGCGGCUGUGCUGACAAGAGAAUGAUGCAGAGCGUCCCCCCAUCCCUCCGUCAUGACUCACUCGUGUGGAUGGAUGGAUGGAUGGUGAGUGGCUCGGCUCACCAGGCUGAUUUGCGGUUUGAAAGUGCAGUCGCUCGGGGGCUCGGCCGACAUCGGCCUUCGGGGCACCUGAACACACGCACACGCCACGCCCCACAAUAUGUAUCGGCGUGUCGGUUGUGAGUGGAUGCAUGCCGAGCCGAGUGUGAGCUGACUUGACCCGGGUACCCUUUGUGCGAGUCUCCUUAUCCUCUCCUCGGGCGUCUCGGCUAUGCGCUGAGGAGUGGAACCGACACACAUGAAUGAAUGGGUGCGGCGUGUGAGGUGGUGAGGUGCGUCCAUGGCCGUCCGUGCCAUCCAUACACACCUGCGGGUCAUAGGCCACUAGUGUCUCCGAUGCGGCCGACACUCGGGGCUGGAACGUGAACUGAGAUGCCUGGAAGGAAGGAAUGGAUAGACAGAUAGACAGAUAGAUGCAUGAAAUCCACCCACAUCCUCCAUCACAUUACACUACAUUAAUUAGCAUCUCUGGUCUGUCUGGGGCAUGGCAUGCAAUGCAUACGAUUUCGCUCUGCAUCUGGCUGAGCUUGGCCUGACGCAGCUGCGCAAACUGCUCCUGCCUGAAGGUCCACACAAGCCACUCAAAACAAGGACAAAUUUUGGUUGGUCUGGCUGGCUGGCUGGCUGGCUGGCUGGUCUCUCUGUCUGCGUGUCGUGUCGGUACCGUACCUCCUGAGGAAGUUUUCAUUUGUCGCCUGCGAGAGGACAGAGGGGGCCUCGAGGGAAUCUGACAGACACAGAAGCGCACCGCUCCCUCGUAGUGUCUGUGUGUGUUUGUGUGAAUGUGUGCUGCAUGGGAUGGCAUCGGCAUGUGGGUGCGCAGCGGACCUGGCGCCCCGGCAGCAUUGUGGGGCAUGCGGUGCAGCAGCUGGCACUCCUUGGCCUGGCUGGCCUUGAUCAGACGCUCCUCCACCGGCAUGCACAACUCGGUGUUCUGCCAAGUGGAUUGGAUGGAUGGAUGGAUGGAUAAAAAAACACCCACCCACCCGUUCUCUCCUUUGUUGAAUGAUUUUCUCGCUUCUGGGGUCGAUGUCUGGGUGGAAGGUGUACACAGAACGUCGCUCACGCUCAACCUGACAGACACAUACACAAUGAAUGACUCGAUCCGAUCCAUGACCCGGUCCGUGAUCGAUUCGUCUACUGCUGGCCGGCUGGCGUACCUACCUGCAGUUUCUUCUCGUGCAACGCCUCCCGCUUCUGCUGCACGACCUCCGCCAGCUGACCACACGCACAGCACAGCAGACCAGAAGUAUGGACGACUGACAGUAUGUCUGUCUGUCCGUCCGUCCGUCCGUUGCUGCUAUGCUUUUCCCACCCUUGUGUGGAUCGGCGGGCGGCUGUACGCCACGGGAUGGUCGCGAGUCUGUAGACCGACACACACAUAGAUAUGCUCUGCACACUGACUAUGGUUUCUGCCACUCACUCACCUCUGGCCUGAAUGGGUGCUUCGUGAGCUGCUCCCGCUCCAGCAGCUCCUUGGCCUUCUGACGCACCAUCAAACGCUUGUCUGCACACAUACACACAUGAACACACAGACACACACACAGACAGACGGACAGACAGACAGACAGACAGCCGAAGGGAUGGGAGGCCUUACACACCAACACAUACACACACGUUUGGCAUGACGGAUUGGGUGCUUUACCGGCUUCAUGGUGCAGCCGAUCGGCCAGUGGGAGCCUCUGAUGCGGCCGCAACCUGACCGACAAACACACACAGAGAGACAGAAAUUGCAUAUCAUUGUGCAGCGUUCGUUGUGCCAGCUGCGUCCGUCCAUCACGUCUGAGCGUAUUGGGUCGACUUGGGGUUGACUUGGGGGUGGAAUGAACACUGGGCCAGCUGCACAACAACCAUGGAUGAUAGCGCGUUCUGUGGUCAGUCGGUGUGUCCGUACCUCCAGCUGGUCCUUCUCAGCCUUCAUCCUAUUCCGCCGCUGCAUCGCCUGAUGGUGCCUGAUGCGUGGAUGGAUGGAUGGACCAAUAAAUGAGCGAAUGGACGAUACCGACACACACACACAGUGAGGUGAUGAGCAGCCUCCUCUCUCUCCCCAUUCACCUCUUCAGCAGCGUGGCCACGUGUGCCUCGACCUCCUCGGGGGCCGCCUUGCGCACAACACGAACCGCGACAUUAUCGUCACUGUCGGGCGGGCCGCGGGGUGGUACCAUCCCACCAGAAGACCCCCUGACCGACGACCAUACAUACAAAAGAAGCACACAUGGAGGACAGCAUCUGCGAAUGGCGUGCAUCUUUCUCACCGUUCUCUCCCCCUUGAUGCCGUCCGCAGCCCCGGCGGCCCCGCGGGAGGUCGGCCCCUCACUGUACCCCUCACCCUAAUGGAACUAUCAAACUGUCCCGGCCCCCCCUGCACCUCCCGCAUGGCCUCCUCCAGCAGCUCCUCCACCGAUAUGUUGAGCUCGCCAGCCAACUCUAUAAUGCUCUCCCCAUCAGCAGAGCUCACCAGUUGCAACAGAGAAGGCGCCGGGGCGUCCAUUGCUUGAUGCCGGCGAGCAGCUGCCGGGACGGAUUGAGGACGGUGGUGGGCUGCUGUUGCUGCUGGUGGUGGCGACGAGACCUCCUUCUCCUCUCCCCUGGUCGUGAGAUGAGUUUCAUCAUCCACCCGGGCGUGCCCGUGGUCCUUCUGCGCCUCUUGCCUUUCGAUGCGCUGCCGUCUGUCCUCGAGCAGCGUCUCGACGAUGUCCUCCUUGGUGCGCCCCGAGUCGCUGCGGAAGGGAGAGGGAGAGGCCGGCUGGGGAGGGGAGCAUCCGAACCGCUCUAUCAGCUGCCGACGCCGCUCUUGCGAGAAACGCAGAAGCUCCUCCGGAUCUAGACUCGACAACGCCGGGAUGGAGGGACGACGGUCUGACACACAACCAAUUACCAACACAUUCAUUGCAAAUGCGGCGUGUCCUAAGUGUUUAUUUCAUUGAGCAGAAAGGAAUGGAUACCUGCAGGCAAGCUAAGCUUACCGGGUGAUGACGAUGGUGCAUCGAUGCGCGAGUACCGGCCCAAUUCCGCCGCCCCUGCCUGCUGCAGAUACCGCUCUGCAUCAUCCAGCUCUCGCUCUGCACUCGCCAACGGAUCACUCAUGCUCCACCUGGCCUAGCUACCGCAUGAAAGAGCUAUGUUGUGCUGCUG